CUGGUUUCCACACUGAUGCGAUCAUGUUCACAGUGAGGAGUGCCCCUUUGAAUUUGUUGUCGAACCUAUGCAGACUACCUAUCCCCUGGAACACGUACCUGUGGGCUGGGAAGGUCAUACACACCCCGAAGGUGCUUUGUACUUCUAUAACAAGGACCGAAAAACAUAUACCGAGGCGUGGCUCUGCGAUCCCGAUAUCUUAGAAGAGAUCGAGGACUUCGCGGCGCGGCUGGACGAAGCAGUGCAGCUGUUAGGUUACACACUGCCGCCUGAGACGGAACUUGUGCUCGAGCUAGAGCAGAUACCAAAGGAAGCAGGACCCGUCACUGAUCUGGAGUCUGGUAAACCUUCCAAACAUUAUUGGACAUACUACUAUGUAAACCAUGCCGAGCGGGUGCUGUUCUGGGUACAUUCAUACAAGGUCUCGAACGAGCUGGAGGACCUCAGAGGCUACACUCUGCAUCGCAUAUCAGUGGGUUCCAUCGUUAUGUGUUCCAUUUCAGGGCGAAGUUGACAUCUUCGCAACAAAACAGAACACGGAUCGAAUCAUACUAUUGGUAAACCACAGUGGCA